AUGGCGGAUGGAAAUGGUUCAACUUCAAGCAUUGUUGAGAAUUUUGGAGCUUUCUUCAAUGGCUGGCUGGUCCGUCAGGAAAGAUUCCUUGAACAACUGGUUCAAGCACUGAGAUCCCAAGAUGAAGAGGAAAUUGAGCGGCGUGGGGAUUUGAUUCAAGAAGUGCUGUCCCACUACGACCAGUACUCAGCAGAGAAAUUCAAGGCAGCGAGGGAACAAGUGCUCCUCUUCUACUCUCCCCCAUGGUUAACAUCUUUCGAGAAAGCUCAACUCUGGGUUGGUGGGUUCAAGCCAUUCAUACUGUUCAAAAUACUGACCAACUCAGUAACAGAGUUGACCCCAGAACAGGAACAAGCCAUCGAGCGAGUUAAAUGCGAGACAAGAAAGGAAGAACGAGAGUUGACGCAGGCAUCGGCUGCGAUUCAAGAGAGCUUGGCAGCCCUUCCGCUGUUGAACCUAGUUAGGUGCUGUGGGAGAGCGGUUGAUGGCGAGGAAUUGGAACUUGAGUCGGCAAUGAGGAAGCUGAAGGAGGAUAUGCUAAGGGCACUGGAGAGCGCCGAUAAACUACGAGGAUCGACUGUUAGGAAGUUGCUUCAGACACUGAGUCCAGUCCAGACAGUGAAGUUCCUAGCUGCCUCGGCCGAGUUUCAGCUUGCUGUAAGGAAAUGGGGUUUGCAGAAAGACCAAGGGAGAGCAGCAACGUGA